GUGUGACCGUAUGGUAACACAACAAAAUCUAUUUAUAAAUCAGACGUAAACAACGUCUGUGGGUUUAUUUUUAUUAUCUAAUCAUUGCAAUAGAUUCUCAGUAUGUUUAUCGAUUUUAUUAGCACUGUGGUUACCAACUAAUGACAGUUUAUAAUAUUUAUAACGAUUUUUCCGUUUUAUUCAACUACAGAAAUUUUUACAGCAAUGGAUUUUCAACUGGAAGAUGGAUUAACCUUACAAGAAGUUCUCGACAUCAUUGAGUCAAAUUAUGACGAAAAUGAUGUCGAAAGUAUAUUUAUUGAACCACCAGACCCUCACGUAUUGACUGAUGAAGAUUCAGGCAAUGAGGAUGAAGGUGCAUAUACUUCUAAUUUAUCAGCUCGUCAAUUAACUGCCGGAGCAGAAAUAAGGUUGAAAAGUGGAACUAAUAUUGUAGAUGAAAAUACGAUUGCCCUCGAAAUUGUUGAUGAGUUGGAAGACACUGGUUUCAAAAUACCUGAUAAUGAAAAAACUACUGAAUGGGUAAAAGGUGAUUAUGAAAUGCCCAAUUUAAAUUUCCCAUCUACAGAUUUUUCUAAAUAUUCGCAUAUGAGACCAGUUGAAAUAUUUGAACUUUUUUUUUGAUGAUA